CCCCCUUCAAAAAAACCCUACAAUUUUGAAUCCACCUUCUUCUCUCUUCUUCACGAAUUUCCUCUCAAUUUCUUCAUCUAUUUUUUUUUUCUGAAUGGGUAAAAGGGUAGCUACAGUUGGACUCAUAGAGGAAGAAUCAAGUCCAGUAAAAAAGUAUGCAACUUUUGAUUUCACUGUUGAGAAGAAAGAAGAUGAAGUUACUACCUCAGAAGAUUUCUCUUCUGAUGAAGAAGAGUCGAAGGAACAACCAGAAGUAGUUUCGAAGAGCGUUUCUGUUGGAGCGACAGGCAAAAGUUCGGGUUCUUCUGAUAGCGAUUCUGAGGAGGAGGACUUGAAGGAACAACUAGAAGUAGUUUCAAAGGACGUUUCUGUUGGAGCGACAAACAGAAGUUCGGGUUCUUCUGAUAGCGAUUCUGAGGCGGAGGAAAAAGAGAUGGAAGUAGUCAUUACACCCAGAGUGCCAGAAACUGCAUCUAGGAAUAGGUCUGGAGAUGUUGUGGAGAAGGAACUUGUAUCUAGCGAGAGUUCUGGUUCUGAACACAGCUGUUCUGAUGCGGGCAAUGAAAUUAUAGACCUCAAGAAAGACCAAGGUGAUGACAUAUCCGAUGAAAGUGAUGAAGAAGAACAACAAAGAAAAAAGCUGAAGGUCACAGUGGACAAUGACGAGGAGAUGGUAGAUGCCGAAUUACCAAAGACUAAUAGCAAGACAGCCAUUGAAAGUAAAGCUCCCGAAACCCCGACCACAACACAAAUUCAAAAGACCGGAUCAAAAAAACUAUUUGUGGGCAACCUAUCUUUUUCACUCGAGCAGGAAGACCUUGAGGAGUUCUUCAAAGAUGCAGGUCAAAUUGUUAAUGUUCAGUUCGCCACACAUGGAGAUGGACGUUUCAAAGGGCAUGCUAUUGUUGAGUUUGCAACAGAAGAAUCAGUGCAGAAGGCUCUUGAAAUGAAUGGUCAAGAUCUAAUGGGUAAAUCGGUAAAACUUUCUCUGCCUGGUAAGAGUAGUGGUGCUGGCAGUGGUUGGAAAAGUGAUGUAGAUGCCGAAUCACCAAAGACUAAUAGCAAGCCAAAAAACCCUACUUCACCUCAAAAUCAAAAUACGGGAUCUAAAAAACUAUUUGUUGGCAACCUAUCUUUCUCUCUUGAGCAGAAAGACCUGGAGGAGUUCUUCAAAGAUGCUGGCGAGAUAGUUAAAGUUGACUUCGCAACACUUAAAGAUGGACGUUCCAAGGGGCAUGCUAUUGUUACAUUUGCAGCAGAGGAAGCAUUGCAAAAGGCUUUUGAGAAAAAUGGUCAGGAUCUGAUGGGUAGACCAGUACAUAUUGGUGGGCAUGGGAGUCCCUCUACCCCACAAACUGGGAAUGCAAGAGGCGGUCGUCGUGGCCAUCGUGGUGUUGGCAGGAGGCGUUCUUAAUUCACUUCGAAGUAUUAUAUUGUCAGAGAGGUUUUUGCAAUUCUUGUGACAUAUUUUUGCCAGAGAGUUAAGUUUGAUUAACAAGUUGCAUUAAAUUUUGUAAAAAAAAAGUUUGAGCAAAAUCAAAUCUUUAUAUUAUGAAAUAAUGACAAAUAUCAGGAACUAAAAACUCAUUCCUCAACAUAAAAAAAAAGAAAGAACAGAAUUCAAUUAAGGACGUCUACUCUUGGUUCCAUUGGCCUUCUUGUCCGGAACCUGUUUAGCUUCUUGUUUAUUUUUGGUUCCAUUGGCCUUGUUGUCAGAAACCUGUUCAGUUCCUUAUUCUUCUUCAGUCUUUUUUUCGCUAAAAUCCCUAAAAAACUUCUUUGGUUCCCUGUUAGUAUGUGUUGGAGUGGGAAGGCUCUUCAAAUGGACAAAUAACUUGAACGAAACAAGAGCAUCUAAACAAGCAUAUGGGUAUAUGACUUGACUCCCAAAAGAAAGAAAUUUCUAAAGAAUAAUAAAGCAGAGAGAGAGAAGAGAAUCAAGAAUUAAGUCUGUAUGUAUU